ACAGUCGUAUUAUCUCUGUGAGGCGUUCUCCGGCAACAGGCAUCGCGAAUCAACACGUGAUCAAACCACCAAUAAAGGCUUGCAUCUCGCUUCAACUGAACCUCCGGUAGCUACUUGGAACCAUGAAGGUCCUUGCCAUCUCGCUUGCCUUUUUGCUGAUCACUGGUCUGAUCAGUACAUCGCUGGCUGAAAAUGACGAAGGAGGAGAAAAAGAGCUUGUUCGAGUUCGCCGCACUGGUCACCACUGCCCACACCGGCAAGGUAAAUGCCACCGUUACUGCAGGAGCAGUGGGUACAAAAGAGGCUACUGCGGCGGUUUUCGGAGAACGACCUGCAUCUGUGUCGAGAAAUAG